UAUAUUCACUCUCAGAUGUACGUGCAUGCUGACCUCAAGGGAUCCAAUAUGUUACUGGCAAGUUCAGCCGAGGACGAGGUCUACCUUGUUGACUUUGGUUUGGCUGCACUGUACACUAUUGACGGCAAGCACCGCGUCUACAAAGAAGAUCCCAAGCGUGCUCAUGAUGGAACGAUAGAGUUCACGAGCAUAGACGCACACAACGGCGUUGCACCGUCACGUCGCGGUGACAUGGAGAUCCUGGGCUACGUGCUCCUGCAGUGGCUCUGCUCUCGGCUGCCCUGGGAAGACACACUUCACAACAAAGAGGAGGUUGCCCGGCAGAAAAAGAAGUACAUGUCAAAUAUUCCAUCCUUGAUGAAGGAUUGCUUCGGCGGCAAGAGUAUUCCAGCUGAGAUUCGGGACUACCUGACAGCCGUGAAAGGCAUUGCGUACGAUGACACACCGCAGUACGGCAAGUUACGGAGCAUUUUCGAAAAAGCUCUGCGCACAAAUGGGUGGACUGAUCGUGGCGAGCUGGUUUGGUCAUCAGCAGCAGCAAAGUCGUCUCCAAGAGCACCGAGCAAGAAACGUCGCUCGGCACAUGUACUUGAUGAAGAAGACAAGGAGGGAGAGGAUGAAGACGUAGAGGAGGUGCAGAAACCCAAGCGUCGCAGGGGUGCCCGGGUUGCCAGCACAGAGUCGUCGCCAGCAGCCACCACCGCCGCUGUCCCACCUUCAAGUGCCGCUCGCCAUGCUGCAGCCUCACCACCACCAGCAGCAGCUGCCGGACGUCGAGAUCGUGCACGCGCUGCUACUGCUGCAACGGUGGCGACUGCAGAGCCGCGUCGUGCCACUCCAGUGAGGACAGGAGGUCGCAAAGCGCUUCCCACCGUAGGCAAGACUUCUCCCGCGGAGUCACUCGUUCCUCCCGCUGUCCAGAAAGUUUACAGACCGAAACCGUUGGUUGCGCCAAAGGCCGCCACCGCAAAAAGAGGCAAAAACAGACAGCCUGCCAAUGACAUCAUUCCAUCGGCAGCAGUGACUCGGCCACCGCCCCUACACCUGUAAACAACAUACCCCGGUGGCACAAUGCCAAUCCCGUGCCCACAGUGUGGAUCAGCUGGUCUGUGUCUUCUGUUCGCCCCCCCCCCCCCCCCCCCUCCCAAUCAUCCCCUCUUUACUCGUCUGCUGUACAGGAUCCGUUACGUUUUUUAAUUGUUUUAUUCCGGUUUUUAUCAAAUCCAUAUGCCAUGUGCACAUAGACCCCCCGGCCCCUCUCCCUGUUGGAUUGGUACUUCUUGAAUGAUCUAUUUCAAGUGUUUUAUGUUUUUGAUCUUUGACUUGGUAGUUUAGGCCACUUUUUUUUGGUUGAAGUCACAUAAGAUUUUUUUAUUCGUUCCUUCGUUUUCCUGUGUUUCUAUCAACGUUUGUGUGCUCUUUCUAACCAUUUUUUUUCUUCUAUUAUGGGUUUUCUACCUUAGUUUUUGAAUUGGUGCUGUCGUCGUCAGUCUAUUGAUACUCUUGGCAUUGCCAUGCGUAGA